GGACGCUGCUGCGCCCUAUCCCAGACGGACGGGCUGUUGGUUUGUUUUGACGUCUUUUAAAUCCAGUUAACAACUGCUUUUUUUUACUGGGACAUUAAUAGGAAUUCGUGGUUUACCUGGUCUGGAUUCCCGUUUUGAGAAGAAAGAGUGCGGAUGGAACUUAUCUCAUUUUGACGUCAGCUCGGGAGUGGAAGUCAUCUGGAAUUACAUAUUCCGCCUCAGCGCUACUGUGGUACCUGGAAUCUAAGAUUAGAAGAGUUUUGUGGAGGAUAAUUUAUUUUAAAUGGAUUCUUUCUUCGUAAAGGGGGCCCUUGUCUGGCUGCGGGACAAAGAUCAGCUCCUUCCUGCUACUGUCAGCUCCUGUUACCACGACGACGGAUCCCUGGUCCUCACCACCAACUAUGAGAAGGUGAUAUACCUGCAGCAGGGGGAGCUGAGCAGAGACAAGGUGUUUCCUAUGCACCCCACCAGUAUUAAUGGAGUAGAGGACAUGUCUACUCUGGCAGAACUACAUGAAGCUGCCAUCAUGUACAACCUUUACCUGCGCUACCAGAAGGACUGCAUCUAUACCAACAUAGGGUCAAUCCUGGCAGCUGUGAACCCCUACAAGCAGAUCCCAGGUCUCUAUGACCCAGCAGCAGUAGACCUGUAUAGUAGACACCAACUGGGAGAGCUGCCACCUCAUAUCUUCGCUGUGGCCAACGAGUGUUACCGCUGUCUCUGGAAGAGACACGACAGCCAGUGUGUUCUCAUCAGUGGAGAGUCAGGAGCAGGGAAGACAGAGAGUACCAAGCUGCUGCUCCAGUUCCUGUCUGUGAUGUCUCAGAAGUCUGCCGGGACAGCCCCCUCUGAGAGGAGUACCCGCGUGGAACAGGCCAUCGUUCAGAGCAGCCCCAUCAUGGAGGCGUUUGGGAAUGCCAAGACGGUGUACAACAACAACUCUUCCCGCUUUGGGAAGUUUAUCCAGCUGCACUUCUCCCAGAGUGGGAACAUCCAGGGAGGCUGUAUCAUCGACUAUUUACUUGAAAAGAACCGUGUGGUGAGGCAGAACCCUGGAGAGAGGAACUAUCAUAUCUUCUAUGCUCUGCUGGCCGGGGCCGACAAGAACCACAGAGAGUUGUACUUCCUGUCUGAGGGCCCAGAGUCAUACCACUACCUGAGUCAGUCUGGCUGUGUGAAGGACAGGAGUCUCGAUGACCUGCAGCUCUAUGACAGUGUUAUGGAGGCUCUAAAGGUGAUGCAGUUCAGUGAGGAGGAGAUACGUGACGUCCUCAAGCUGCUGUCUGCUGUUCUCCUGAUGGGGAACAUAGAGUUCAUGACCGCAGGAGGAGCACAGAUCACAUCCAAAGGAGUGGUCAGUAAUGUCAGUGAUCUGCUGGGCCUGGACUCGUUCCAGCUGUCUGAGGUUCUGACCCAGAGGUCCAUGAUCCUGAGAGGAGAGGAGAUCUGUUCGCCCCUCACUGUGGAACAGGCGGUGGACUCUCGGGACUCGGUUGCCAUGGCGUUGUACGCCCAGUCUUUCUCCUGGAUUAUCACACGGAUCAACCAGAAGGUCAGAGGGAAGGACAACUUCAAGUCCAUCGGCAUCCUCGACAUUUUCGGCUUCGAGAACUUUGAGGUGAACAGGUUUGAACAGUUCAACAUCAACUACGCCAACGAGAAGCUCCAGGAAUACUUCAACAAACACAUCUUCUCCCUGGAACAGCUGGAGUACAACAGAGAGGGGAUCCAGUGGGAAGCUAUAGACUGGAAGGAGAAUGCAGAGUGUCUGGACCUCAUCGAGAAGAAACUGGGCAUGUUGGCUCUGAUCAACGAGGAGAGUCGCUUCCCUAAAGGCACCGACUACACCCUGCUAGAGAAACUACACAGUAGACACGCUACUAACCAGUACUACAUGAAGCCCAGAGUGACUGAUCACCAGUUUGGCAUCAAGCAUUAUGCUGGAGAGGUUCUGUAUGACGCCAGAGGGAUCCUGCAGAAGAACAGAGACACCUUCAGAGAUGACAUCUUAAACAUGCUUAAAGACAGCAGGUUUGACUUCAUCUAUGACCUGUUUGAGCGUGUCGGGAGCAGGAACGGAGAGGAGACCCUGAAGAUGGGGACGGCCAGACGCAAACCCACCGUCAGCUCUCAGUUCAGGGACUCUCUCCAUUCCUUGAUGAACACUCUGAGUGCCUCCAACCCUUUCUUUGUGCGCUGCAUCAAACCCAACAUGAACAAGAACGCCAACAUGUUUGACCCAGAAGUGGUCCUGAACCAGCUGAGGUAUUCUGGGAUGUUGGAGACCGUGAAGAUCCGCAGGGCUGGGUUCCCUGUCCGCAGGACCUUCACAGACUUCUACAGCAGGUACAUGAUGAAAGACAACCUUCCGACAGAUGACCCGAGAGGGAGGUGUACAGAGCUGCUGAUGUCAUACGACCCUGCCAAGAGAGACUGGCAGCUGGGGAAGACUAAGGUGUUCCUGAAGGAAGAGCUGGAACACCGGCUGGAGAAGGAGAGGGAAGAGGUGCGGAGACAGGCGGGCAUGGUGAUCCGGGCACACAUACUCAGCUAUGUGGCAAGGAAGCACUAUAGGAGGGUCCUGACCAGCACCAUCACCAUCCAGAAGAACUACAGGGCUCACUUCUGGAGGCGCGUGUUCCUGCGGCUCCGUGCUGCAGCUGUCCUUCUCCAGAAACACCAACGUGGUCGGCUGGCCCGAGGCCUCUAUCGACAGCUCUCUGAGGAGAAAAGGAGGAGGGAGGAGGAGGAGAGGAGGAGGAGGGAGGAGGAGGAGAGGAGGAGGAGGGAGGAGGAGAGCAGGAGGCUGGAAGAGGAGACGAGACGAGAGCAGGAGGAACGGAGGAGGAGGGAGGAAGAGGAGGAGGAGCGGAGGAGGAGAGAGGAAGAGGAGCGGAGAAGGGGAGAGGAAGAGGAGGAGAGACAAAGGGUGUUAGAGCUGGAGGAGUUGAGGAAGAAGGAGGAGAGACUGAGACUACAACAGGAGCAUGAAGCACUGAGUAGAAAAGAGGAGGAGCUUAGCAACGGACAGGAAGAGAAGAAAAACACUACAGCUAACAACAGGAACUCCCUGAGGAUGGAGUUUCUUGCACCCCAUGAGGAGGUGUACCACAAGGAGGUGUCCCUUUCCCACUCCCUGCACCCCCACACCUCCGAGGAGGAGUCCCGUCAGAUGGAGGAGAUCCUUCGACUGGAGAAGGAGAUUGAGAGGCUGCAGCGCCAGAAGGAGGACGGGGUGUCCAUGUUAGGGGACGGCCUUGGUGGGAACGGGGAGGAGCUCCGGCAGAGGAGGGACGCAGAGAUCUAUCGGCUGGAGAAGGAGGCGUCUCGCGUGGCUACAGAGUUCCUGGAGCUCCUGGACUUUGGGGGUCUGGAACAGAGUCUGUCCAGCGAGGAGAAUCUCCACGACCCCUCAGAGAGCGCCGCUCCCCUGGCUCGGGCCGAGGAGGAGGUGGAGGAGGUGGAUGAGGGCUUCCAUGCUAAGGAGGAGUGUCCCGGUAGUGGUAUCCCCCUUCCUGACUUCCCUCUCCCUGCGGAGAUCCCUCUGGACCAGGAGCUCUUCUCCUCCCUCCCUCCUCCUCCUCCGGCCUUCGCUGAGGGACUAGUAGCACAGGCCCUGGCCCUCUCACAGGCCCCGUGUUGCCCCCCUGUUUACUACCCCCUCACCUCCUAUGGAUCUAGUGUCCCUACACACCACCCUGCUCCACCUCCUCUCCCUGCCCUCACCACCGGAGGAGGUAAAGCUUUGUGCCACCAACCCACCAGGAGAACAGAGGUGGCUCCAGACAUCAACAGAGUACCCAGAAGAUUCGAGGUUAUACCCAACAGACCCUGUGCCAGGGUAGACGUUAUGCCCACCACAGUCCCUGAGGCUGUGCCAGUGAGAAGAGGAGACGUGGCUCCCUCUAGGGUAGACUUUAUGCCCACUGUGCCUGUCCCAGGAGCCAGGGAGGAGAUCUCCUUUAGCAUCCUACCAGACACAGAGUCAGACUGUGACCAGCAGGAGUUUGAGGAGGUGCAGGGGAGUACAGGCUCGGGAGACGGAGCCAGUAUCACGGACGGACAUGCUACUGAUGAGGAGGUGCUGAGGAAAUCAUCCUGUACUCAGAACAGCCUGGACUCCUUCAGAGGCAGCUCAGACUCUUUUAUCGACAGUGACACAAGCACCGAUGGUUAUGUGGACACAGACGAGGAGGUCUCCAAUGGAAGGGUCAAUAUACUGAACGGCUCUGGGCCUCCAUACUUCCACAGCUACCUCUACAUGAAGGGUGGACUGAUGAUCCCGUGGCGACGGAGGUGGUGUGUGUUGAAGGACGAAACCUUCAUGUGGUUCAGGGCUAAGCAGGACAGUCUGAAGAGUGGCUGGCUGUAUAAGAAGGGAGGUGGCAUGUCUACUCUGUCCAGACGGAACUGGAAGCUGCGCUGGUUCGUACUGAGAGACGAUAAACUCAUGUACUUUGAGAGCGACAGCGAGGAGAAACUGAGGGGGACCAUCGACAUCCGCUCCGCCAAGGACAUAGUAGAUAACCAUGUCAAGGAGAAUUCUCUGAACAUUGUGACUGAAGAGAGAACCUACCACAUCUACGCAGAGACUCCUGAAGAUGCCAGUGGCUGGUUCAACGUGCUGAGUCGUGUCCAGAGUGCCAGUCCAGACCAGCUGAUGGAGAUACAUCAUGAGCAGGCCAACCCCAAGAACGCUGUGGGAACUGUGGAUGUUGGACUGAUCGACUCUGUGUGCGCGUCAGACAAUCCUGACAGACCCAACUCGUUUGUCAUCAUCACUGCUAACCGUGUGAUCCACUGCAACACUGAGAUGCCUGAAGAGAUGCACCACUGGAUCGGCCUGCUGCAGAAACCUAAAGGAGACGCCAGGAUAGACGGACAGGACUUCCUGGUCAGAGGUUGGCUUCACAAGGAGAUAAGGGCUAAGAGCACUAGUCUGAAGCUGAAGAAGAGAUGGUUUGUAUUGACCUCUAACUCUCUGGACUACUACAAGUCUUCAGAGCGCAGUGUGUCCAAGCUGGGGACCCUGGUCCUCAACAGUCUCUGCUCCGUGGUCCAGCCCGACGAGAAGGUCUUCAAGGACACCGGUUACUGGAGCAUCAUCGUCCACGGACGUAAACACUCGUACCACCUCUACACCAAACUACUGAACGAGGCUAUGCGCUGGGCGUCGGCCAUACAGGGGGCUGUCGACAGCAAGGUUCCCAUAGAGACACCCACACAGCAACUCAUCAGGGACAUCAAGGAGAGCAGUAUGAACGUGGAGGCUGUAGAUCAGACGUAUUGGAGGAACCCUAUCCUCAGAUAUACCCAGCACCCCCUCCACUCCCCCCUGCUGCCUCUGCCUUACGGGGAGGUCAACAUCCACCUCCAAAAGGAGAAGGGCUAUGCCAGCCUGCAGGAUGAGGCAGUGAAGAUCUUCAACUCUCUACAGGAGAUGGAGGCUGUGUCUGAUCCGGUCCCGAUCAUCCAGGGCAUCCUCCAGACCUGCCACGACCUGCGACUGCUCCGAGACGAGGUCUACUGUCAGCUCAUCAAGCAGACCAAUCACGUGCCACAGCCCAACAGCUCGGCCAAUCGUGCCCACUGGCACCUCCUCACCUGUAUGAGCUGUACCUUCUUGCCCAGCCGGGGCAUCCUGCGUUACCUCAAGUUCCACCUCAAAAGGGUGAAGGAGCAGUUUCCUGGAACAGAGGUGGACAUGUUUGCCCAUUUCAUAGGUGAGUCUCUGAAGAGGACCAAGGGCAGGGACUUCGUACCGUCUCAGGAGGAGAUCGUAGCCUUACUGACCAGGCAGGAAAUGACGACUACGGUCUACUGCCACGGAGGAGGAUCCUGCAAGAUCUCCAUCAACUCACACACCACCGCUGGAGAGGUGGUGGAGAAGUUGAUCCGAGGACUGGCCAUGGAGGACAGUAGAAACAUGUUUUCCCUGUUUCAACACAACAACACUACGGACCGCGCUGUGGAGAGCAGAGUCAUCGUGGCUGACGUACUCGCCAAGUUUGAGAGGCUGUCAGGCAGUGAGGAAGUAGAGGAGGAGGGACAGUGGAAGCUCUACUUCAAACUCUACUGUUUCCUGGAUGUAGAGAGCAUGCCCAAGGAAGGGGUGGAGUUCGCUUUCAUGUUCGAACAGGCUCAUGAGUCUCUGACCAGCGGUCACCUCCCGGCCCCAGAAGACACCCUGCAGCACCUGGCCGCUCUCAGGCUCCAGUUCCUCCACGGAGACAAGGCCCGGGUCAGCUGGUCUCUGGACACCGUCUACCCUGUAGGCAGGCUCCGCGCACGUAUCCUGCACUUCACCAAGGUGGGCGCGGCCGGCGGGACAGGGCCAGGGGGCCACACCCUGGAGCGGAGGCGGACCAGCUUCCUGGACGGGACCCUGCGCCGCAGCGGGCUGAAGACGGGCUCCAUGAAGAAACAGAAGAUGGAGGAGGAACAGAUGCUAGAGAUGUGGGUGAAGGAGGAGACCUCAGCCACCAGAACCUCCAUCUUAGAGAAAUGGUCCCGUCUCCAGGGACUGGACCAGCACACAGCCAUGCUCAAAUACAUGAACAUCAUCAAGGAGUGGCCUGGAUAUGGGUCCACACUGUUCGACGUGGAGUGUAAAGAAGGAGGCUUUCCUCAUGACCUGUGGCUGAGUGUGAGUGCAGAGAACGUGUCGGUCUACAAGAGAGGAGAACCCAAACCUCUGGAGACGUUCCCCUACGAACACAUCAUCUUCUUCGGAUCUCCCCAGGCCACGACUUAUAAAAUCACAGUGGACGACAGAGAGAUGUUCUUUGAGACACCUCUGGUUGGAGAGAUCACCAAGAUCAUGAAAGCCUACAUCAACAUGAUAGUGAAGAAGAGAUGCAGUGUCAGAUCUGUGUCCAGCUACGGAACCAACUGGAUCAGGUGAUUAGGGACAGGACAGGACACAGCCCAGUUGACCUCCCACCGUCCCAGGCUAACAGGACAGGACACAGACCAGUUGACCUCCCACUGCCCCAGGCUAACAGGCUAGGACAGGACACAGCCCAGCUUGCUUCCCACCGCCCCAGGCUAACAGGACAGGACACAGACCAGUUGACCUCCCACUGCCCCAGGCUAACAGGACACAGCCCAGUUGACCUCCCACCGUCCCAGGCUAACAGGCUAACAGGCUAGGACAGGACACAGCCCAGCUUGCUUCCCACCGCCCCAGGCUAACAGGACAGGACACAGCCCAGCUUGCUUCCCACCGCCCCAGGCUAACAGGACAGGACACAGUCCAGUUGACUUCCCACUGCCACAGGCUAAAAGGCUAACAGACUAGCAGGAUAGGACAGGACACAGCCAAGCUGGCUUCCCCCGCCCCAGGCUAACAGGCUAGGACAGGACACAGUCCAGUUGGCUUCCCACCGCCCCAGGCUAACAGGCUAACAGGAUAGGACAGGACACAGCCAAGCUGGCUUCCCCCGCCCCAGGCUAACAGGCUAGGACAGGACACAGUCCAGUUGGCUUCCCACCGCCCCAGGCUAACAGGCUAACAGGACAGGACACAGUCCAGUUGGCUUCCCACCGCCCCAGGCUAACAGGCUAAAAGGCUCACAGGACAGGACAGUCCAGUUGGCUUCCCACCGCCCAAGGCUAACAGGCUCACAGGACAGGACACAGUCCAGUUGGCUUCCCACCGCCCCAGGCUAACAGGCUAAAAGGCUAACACUACAAGGCUAAAAUUCUUUGAAGACAAGAGGGACUGUUCUCCUCAAACCAGAUGUCUGGAUAACUGAAAGCUGUUAAUCAGCUACUCAAUAUCUUGUUCACCAUUCUAAGAACCGUAGGACCGUAGUCUCUCAUUGCAUAUAUAUGUGGUAAAGAGGUCAAUGGAACUCUAACAAAACAAUGGAAAUGCCAUGGAAACGUGUGGGGGAAAGAUCCAGAUUCUCCUCAUCAUGCCCCCCAGCAACAUUAGCCUACGUUUAGGCUGUCUGCAUUCCAUUGACCUCUUUACCAGAACAUUCUAGAAUGUGUCUAAUUAAAAUGUCUACCUGCUUUCCCUCAACCAUUACAUAUAGCUUUUCUCUAGCUGUCGAUAGAGUGGAUAACCAACCAUGUUAUUUUCUUCCAUUAUUUACAUCACUUUAUCAAUGGUAUGGACCGAUCAAGUAUCACGUCACAUGUCCUUUUGUUUCGAGCAUUUCAAAUACCUUUCCAAUGGACUGAGAUUUAGAUUGACUGAGAAGUGUCACUGUCAAACCCUCCCUGACUAUAGCUCCCGGGUUGUGUCUUAUUUUGACAUCGCAAUUGUGUUAUUGUAACAUAUGAGUUGUUGAUGAACACAACUAUACCAUUCUAUAUUUAUAAUGAGAAGAAGUGAUUUGUCUCUCUAAGGACAUACUAUGUGAUCAUUAUUGAUCCUCAGGGCAGCCAUUACUCAUUACAAUACUCUGUUUAGUAGCUACUCUAUGCCACAGAAUAGGGAAAUAAGGUUUAUAGACUGUCCCCUCGGGUUUGAUGAGCAAUAUGAGUCCAAUUUCAGACCACAGACCCAAGGAGUUGAACCU